UUCAUAUUUGCUUUAAUUGUGGUGGACAUCGUCUGGCGAGCUCGAAACGACAAGGUACACAAUAAUAAUUUGGGUAGUAUAAAACAUUAUAUUGAUUCUAUUUAUUACUGUUCUACAGAUUACAGAGCCCCGAUUCUUCUCUAACCUACUCCUGUGUUGGAAUCUAGGUGGUCCCCUCCUCCUUUGGACUUAGAACAGUAUCAGAAUGGACAGGUGCGAAUCGGAUAGGAUCACUCGCAAGGGAUAUGGCUCUUAUACCAUGUUGAGAAUAAUGAGAGCCCAAAUCAACAAUGUAUCAUGUUCACCUUCCUCCUGUGGCAAAAUCCAAAACAUAAGCUACCCUUUUCGGCUAAAUUCAGAUCCAAGCAACUGCGGACACAAGAACUACAUUCUCUCUUGCCACAAAAAUGUAACAAUACUAAAACUCUUUCAUGGAAAAUACACAGUUGAAGCAAUCAAUUACACUAAAGAAACAAUAAGAAUAGUUGAUUCAGGCCUUCAGAAGGGAAAUUGCUCCACUCUCCCACAUUAUCCUCUUUCCAAUUACAACUUCACAACUUGGAAUGAUCCAUACACAAGAAUUUCGAGACAAGAACUCGAAUCAUAUUUUUUAUCAAACACUCUGGUUUUCCUUAGCUGUGAAAGACCAGUAAAAUCCCAUCUUUAUAUAGACACAUCUUCUUGCUUUAAAAUUAGUAGAUAUUAUAAUUAUUCUUAUGUAAUAGUGUCUGGGGAAUUAAUUACUGUUAGGGAUUUGGAUGAAUCAUGUGUUGUUGUAUUAACCACUUUAGUAUCUGAUCAAAUAAACAACAGUGGAAAUGCUCUUUCAUUCAUGGAUAUUCACAAUGAAAUGGCCUUUGGAUUUGAGCUUUCAUGGACUAUAUCUACCAGAUUCCAACUUCAAACUGGAUUGAGUUUGUGGCAAGAAUUUUUGAGCAUCCUUAGUACUUACAGUAUUUUGGCAUUAAUAAUAAUUGGAGGUUUCAUUGUAGGAAGGGUCAUAUUAGGGACUAUAUGUGUGUGUAUUUUGUUGAUCUACAAAUGGAGAAGGAGACAUUUAUCAAUGUAUGAUCAUAUUGAAGAAUUUUUACAAAGUAAUAACAAUCUUACACCAAUAAGAUACUCUUAUUCAGAUAUUAAAAAGAUGAGCCAUGGAUUUAAAGAUAAAUUAGGUGAAGGAGGCUAUGGUUCUGUAUACAAAGGAAGACUUCGUAGUGGUCAUUUCGUAGCAAUUAAGAUGAUGGAUACAUCCAAAGGCAAUGGUGAAGAUUUCAUAAACGAAGUUGCUACAAUAGGUAGGAUUCAUCAUGUCAAUGUUGUUAGAUUGAUCGGAUUUUGUGUGGAGGGUUCAAAGCGUGCUCUUGUAUAUGAUUUCAUGGCGAAUGGAUCUCUUGAUAAACAUAUUUUCUCAAAGGAAGGAAUUGAGUCUUUGAGUUACAAGAUGAUGUUUGAAAUGUCACUUGGAGUGGCUCGUGGUAUCGAGUAUCUUCAUCGAGGAUGUGAAAUGCAAAUUUUGCAUUUUGAUAUCAAGCCUCACAACAUUCUUUUGGAUGAGAAUUUCGUAACAAAAGUUUCAGAUUUUGGCUUGGCGAGAUUAUGUCCAUUGGACAAUAAUACUGUGUCUCUCACUGCAGCAAGAGGAACCUUAGGAUACAUAGCUCCCGAAUUGUUUUAUAAAAACAUUGGAGGAGUUUCUUACAAAGCCGAUGUGUAUAGUUUUGGCAUGUUACUGAUGGAAAUGGCGAGUAGAAGGAGGAAUCUGAACUCAGCAGAGAAGUCGAGUCGAGUUCAUUUCCCAUCUUGGGUUUCUAACCAAUUUAGUGAAGGAAUGGACAUUGAUUUUGGUGUUGAGACAAUGGAGGAAUCAAAGAUAAUAAAGAAGAUGAUGAUAGUUGCAUUGUGGUGCAUACAGUUCAAGCCUUCUGAUCGUCCUUCAAUGACCAAAGUUGUUGAGAUGCUUGAAGAACAAACUGAGUUCUUGGAAUUGCCUCCAACUAAAUUCUCUUACUAUUCAAAUGAGGAUCAUGGAGAGUGUAGUUCAUCCUCAAUGUGGCCAUCCACAGGGGACAAUUACUCAGAUAAUACUACUUUUACUCAUGUACCAAAUUAA